AUAAACACCAUAGAAAUGAGCUUUCUUUUCGAUGUUGAAACAUAUGAAUUUUAAAAUGCAGAUGAGCGUUUAGUCCCGACGCAUUUUAUAGUUUUAUUGGUCUUUGGGGUCUUGGCAUUUCAUGAAUUAGAAGUGUUUAAAACUGAAAAUGUAUUUGAUUUGUGUCUGAUCUUCAGAGGACGAGGAGGUUUUCAUAGAGGAGUCUACUACCUUAUCAAUCCUCAAAGAGGCAAACAGCGUCUAUUUCUCUCUCAGAUGAUGUCAGAGAAGCCGCCGUUGCCUGUGGACGGCCAGCGGGACGCGUCUGAAGCAGGUUUAGGGGUCGUGCAGGAAGUCAUGCAGGAAGUGGCCCGAGACGGCUGGGACAGUAAGGUGGAAUACUUCCUCGCUCAGCUGGGAUUCAGUGUGGGAUUGGGAAAUGUUUGGAGGUUCCCGUACCUUUGCCACCAGAACGGAGGAGGAGCGUUCAUCUUGCUGUAUGUGCUGUUGAUGGGGCUGGUCGGCGUGCCGUUGUUUUUUCUGGAGCUGGCGGCGGGUCAGAGCAUCAGACAGGGCAGCAUCGGCGUCUGGAGGCACAUUUCUCCUAAAUUUGUUGGCAUUGGCUACUCCAGCUGUGUGGUGUGUUUCUUUGUAGCUCUGUAUUAUAACGUCAUCAUUGGUUGGAGUAUUUUUUACUUGGGAAGUUCCUUCCAGUAUCCUUUACCUUGGGAAAACUGUCCAACAGAAGGGAAUGGCACCGUGAAGGAAUGUGCCGCCAGCUCUCCCACGGUGUAUUUCUGGUACCGUAAAGCUCUGGAUAUCACAGAUUCCAUUGAUGAAACAGGAGAGUUUAACCCCAUCAUCACUGUAUGUCUGCUGGCCGCUUGGGUCAUCGUUUGUCUGGCCAUGUACAAGGGCAUCAAAUCGACCGGCAAGGUGAUGUAUUUCUCCUCCGUGUUUCCAUACGUUGUGCUGUUGUGUUUCCUGAUCAGAGGCAUGACGCUGGACGGGGCGUCCGAGGGCAUUAAAUUCAUGUUUUACCCCAGGCUGGAGAUCUGGGCUGAUGUUCAGGUGUGGCGUCAGGCAGCGACUCAGGUCUUCUUCGCUCUGGGUUUGGGUUUCGGUUCUGUGAUCGCAUAUUCUUCCUUCAACCCGCGGAACAACAACUGCCAUCGAGACGCGUUCACCGUGUCUGCAGUCAACUUCAUGACGUCUGUUCUGGCCUCGCUGGUGGUGUUUGCAGUGCUAGGCUUCAGAGCCAAAACGAUUGCCACAGAGUGUGUUAAACGUAACGUGAAGGCCGUGUUUGAAGCGAUGUCCAGCACUCAUCUCCCUGACCUCCUCAUCAAUGCAUCAGAUGUGGAGAGCGUCUCAUUGAACGAGUAUGAGCACUGGUACAGGACUCAGGGCCAGCAGCUGAGUAACCCCGGGUACAACAUCACCGCCUGCAGCCUGGAGGAUGAGCUGAAACAGGGUGUGGAGGGAACUGGUUUAGCAUUCAUAGCGUUCACUGAAGCCAUGACGCUGUUUCCUGGGAGUCCGUUCUGGUCGGCGCUGUUCUUCCUCAUGCUGCUCAAUCUGGGUUUGUCCACCAUGUUCGGCACCAUGGCAGGAAUACUGACCCCGCUGACGGACACCUUUGAGACCCUGCGUAACCACAAACUCCUCUUUACAGCAUGCAGCUGUGCGCUGGGCUUUCUGAUCGGUCUCACAUUCACUCAGCGCUGUGGAAACUACUUUGUGACAAUGUUUGAUGACUAUUCCGCCACACUUCCCCUCAUCAUCGUGGUCAUCUUUCAGACCUUGAGCGUGGCCUGGGUUUAUGGAGCAGACAGGUUUUUGGAGGACCUGAGGCAGAUGUUGGAUCGACCGGUUCCGGUGGUGUAUAAGUACUUGUGGAAAUACGUGUGUCCGGCUGCUAUGCUGGGGCUCUUGGGUGCCAGUCUACUAAAAAUGAUCUUAGAGCGUCCCACAUACACCGCCUGGAACAGAGAAAAGGCGUCUAAAGAAAAUCUGCCUUAUCAUGACUGGGCUCUUGCUGUCCUGAGCACGCUCAUCAUUGUCGCCUUUCUUCCUGUUCCUAUCGGAUUCAUUCAUUCCCUUGUCCUGGAGCGGCUCGGCCAGUCGCCGUCAGACGCUGAGGUGGGAUACAUGCCGUGUGCCAGCACAGACAUAGACCUGACCCCUCUCGGCACCUUACCUCCUUCAGGAGAUGACCCCAAUCCAUUUCCCCCUUUGCUUCAUGAAAACCAUGACUCUCGAUUGCCGAACGGCCACAUUGAACACUUCGAAUCAAGUUCUGAUUUAUGAGAAGAAACUACGUUAAGAGUUUACAAACAUCUAAGGAAGGAUCUAUUU